CAGCUUUACUUGUAGGUACGGACACAGGAGGGACAGCAAAAGAGAAUUCCUGUGAAGGCUGCUCCACACAGACAUACAGAGAUGACUUCUGCUCUCCAGCCCCGAGAAUGUCAAGUGACCAAAAAGCCCCCAAAUAGCUAUGGAUUCUACCUACGUAUUGAAAAAGACACAGCAGGACAUGUCAUCCGGAACGUGGAAAAGAACAGUCCAGCUGAAAAGGCUGGCUUGAAGGAUGGAGACAGAGUCCUCAGGGUUAACGGUGUAUUUGUAGACAAGGAGGAACAUGCACAGGUGGUGGAGAUUGUCAAAAACAGCGGGAAUUCUGUUGUACUUCUUGUUCUGGAUGAUGCAUCAUAUCAAAAGGCAGAAGAGGAGGGUGUGAACUUGGAAGAGCUGGGCCAAAAGGUGUCAAGAGGACAGCAGCAGGAGCAGCAGUCCCCACCGCCCAUGGCCAAUGGAGCAAUCACUGCAGUUCCACAACCCCGGCUCUGCUACCUAGUGAAGGAGGAGAAAGGCUAUGGCUUCUCUCUGAAAACCACAGAAGGACAGAAGGGGUUGUUCAUAGUAGAGCUUUCAUCACAAGGAGCAGCUGCAAAGGCUGGUGUCCAAAAUAACGAUCGCCUGAUUGAAAUCAAUGGAAAAAAUGUGGAAAAUGACACACAUGAGGAAGUGGUGGAAAAGGUAAAGAAGUCUGGAAAUCAUGUUAUGUUUCUACUUUCAAAUGAAGAAACGGAUCAUUAUUACACAAGCCAGAAGAUGGUACUGAGCAAAGAGAGCGCCAACCUAAGAUUGCUUCCCCUCAAACCACGACUUAUUGAGAUCCAGAAAGGAAAAAAUGGUUAUGGCUUUUAUCUACAGAUGGAACAAAAUACUGGUGAUCAUGUAAUCAAGGAUGUUGAUUCUGGAAGCCCAGCAUCCAAGGCGGGUCUCAAAGACAAUGAUAUCUUAGUAGCUGUCAAUGGCGAGCUAGUGGAUGGUCUGGAUCAUGAAAGUGUAGUGGGAGAAAUUAAGCAGUCCGAGGCAAAAAUCACACUGUUGGUAGUGGAUAAGGAGACUGAUGCCAUGUAUAAACUGGCUCAAAUUUCCCCCUCCUCAUACUACAACAAAGCACAAGAUCCAACACCAGCUAAAAUGGAGGAAAGAGUGGAGUUGCACACCGAGCAGAAAGUGAAUCACAAGCCAAAAAUCUGCAAGAUGGUGAAAGGGCCUAGUGGAUUUGGCUUCAGUUUAAACAUGAUCAAGAACAAACCUGGACUGUUCAUCAAUGAGGUACAAAACCACGGGCCAGCUGACACAGCUGGUGUAGAAAAUAACGAUUAUUUGGUGGAAGUGAACGGGGUGAAUGUGAUGAAUGAAUCCUAUGACAAAGUGGUGGCAAGAAUCCAAGACAGUGGUGACAGACUAACACUACUGGUGUGCAGCAAAGAUGCUUACAAAUACUUCCAGGGCAGGAACAUUCCCAUCACAGCCUCUUCAGCAGGUCCAGCCCAUGGCACUUCUGAGGCUCCUGCUUAUACAGAAAACCAUCCGUCAGAGCCAGAGAGAAACUCACCUGCACCAAGGGAAAGGACAAGCUCAUCCUCCUCUUCACAAUCAGCUGCCUCUACAAAACCAGACAGCGACAACGACGAUGACACAAAGUUGUGAGGAGAACUAUGCCAAGAACAAAAAAGAAACCUUCCAAAUCCACUUUCUUCAAUCAUUCUUUGCUACUACACCUCUCAGAACAUAACUAUGCCUAGUAGUGCCGUACCUGUAAAGGACUGCAAUCUCUUGCUGAAAUGUAGCUGCCCGAAAUAAACACUUCAGUGUAACCUGCAUUCAUUUAA